AACAUCAUCGGCCGCUUCGAUGCUCUCCGGGCAUUAGUUUCGAACAGUUCGUUCUUCGCGUAGGCUUGCGAAUUGCGCGCUCGCUGUUUAGUGUCGUAGCGCGCGUACUGCUGCGAUGUGUUUAUGCGCUUCCGUCUCGUAUCUGGGAGUUUUGUAACUAUUCUACCAAGUGUUGUGCUAGGUAUGACGUUCAUAUGCAAACCUUCAGGGAUAAUAAAGAGGUGGAAAUUUUUUUGGGGAAAUAGUUUUGGGUACAUAGUUUUCCCGAGUCUGUGUGUAUGCGGAAGAAACAAAGCGGUAAAACAUUACCUCGUGUAGAGCGGCCACCGCACACUCGCUGUUUGUCAAGUGAUUUAUUUAUAACAUCGAAUUGCGUUUGGUGAAGUGCUGCGCAAACAUUCCUCAUUCUGCGGCACUCCUCCGACUGGCUGGAUGUUCUCACUCUAGCUGCCGCUGCCGAGGAGCAGAUUUUCUUCACAUUUGUUUUUCCUUUUGCCGCCAGUUCUGUUGUCACAAAUGCUGGAUGUGUGUGGGUGUGUGCUUGCCGGGAAAUUCAGAAAUGUGCAUGUGUUUGGUGCGUCAGCUAAACACAAUCGUAACUUUAGAGAGGAUGUAGCAGUGAUUGGUGAAGAUUGCUGCCCCAUCUCAGUGUGGUGAGAUGCGUCUCAUGUUGGGUGACUACAAGAUAAUGCUCUACAGUGAGCGACUGUAAUGAGACUGAGCGUCUAAUCGCGAAUGAUGCGUGCGUCUCCCCAGUCUCUGUGUAGUCUCAGUGUAGUCCUGGCACCUGGACAAAUGGAAUACGAUUCGGUGAUCUAAGAUAGCGUGACUUAGUGGCAUUUGCUGUACACUUGUGGUAAUCCACACUCUCGUACGUCCCACGUAGUGUUGAUACGGUGUACAGCAUGUGGUAGUGUCAAAAAGGUCAGUAACAGACGCCAUAAACAGACAGCUUGCCGGAGGAAGAACACCUCAAUUAUCAAAUAUUCAUCCAGUGGAUUGUGCCGAAAUGAUAAGUGUCCGAAGCUGAAGUGUGCUCCAGAUGCUCUAGAACUCAUGCAUGAACUUUGAUACCCAUUCGUGUCACUUUUGUUGAACCGAUUCGAUAAACAACUUUCAUCAAUUACUAAGCCAUUUCUAAUCGAACACACAAUUAGAUCAUAUCGAGUGUCAUCAAGAAGCUUCGCACCAACAGUGUCGUUGACAACAUUAUAAAAAAGAGAGAUCGAUUCGUUGGAAUUUGUAUUUGUACACGAUUACCGACUCAGUGUCUACUAGCUCUCUACACACCAGGGAUUCACGUCUACACCUCACACAAAGUCAACAUUCAUUAGCAUUCUUGUGCGAAUGUCCAGUGCUUUCCUUGCUUCUUCCAAAUUAACAAUGAGCAUACACUAUGAAACCAUCGGUGUUACAGACACUGCUCGAGCCCGCGACAUCACUGGCGGCUUUCAGUAAGAAGCAAAGGCCGCAACAUGCCACCUGCACCAACAACCGGCGGGAUGCCGGUGUUCGUGGACUCCUGCACAAGGACAAAUGUCGUGCACCGGGACGUGCGCCGGUGUUCGCGGUCGGCCUACUGUUUUGCGUCACCGUGUACCUGUACUUUACGACCACCAUCUGGCCCGAUACGACCCAGAUGAUCGUGACUAUACCGGCAGAUGAUGCCGACCUACCCGGACCAAAAGACCAAAUUGCAACAAAAUGCACCAACAACAACCAGGCUCAUGCUUUACAAGCGAGAGCAGAUGAACUGCAACUCACUUCCAAUCGAAUUAUUCCGAUCGUUCCCCAAACCAAUGCCUCCACCACCACCACCACUACUACCGCCGCCGUCGCCGCCGCUGCCACCGCCCUUGCAAUCAACAACGUGCCGUCGACGGGGCUGAUCGAAAACGGAUGUAAUCCGGGUACGAUUGGUCACCAUCCGACGGUGGCGGAUGUACCCUUGCUUACUAACACCACCAUCACGACCGAACCGCUCGAUCCAUCCGCCCCAGUGCCAAAGGGAUUCAUCGUGUGGGGACCGGGCUGCCAGAUAAUGGAUCUGAACCCGGUGGCCAAGGACGUGAUGCGGCUGUUCAGCAAGGAGCGGUUUGUGCCGUGCAGUCCCAAACAACCGCUGACAACGAUCGAGCAAAACUUCGACAACGACACGGUACUGGUGCGCUUCCAUCACGAUCGGAUGGAUGCGUUCAUGCCGCACUAUAUGCGGUACGUUCGUUGCUGCUACCAGAGCAUCGAACGAUCGGGGACAAAGGAUAAGGCUGAUAAAAAUUUCUGGGUUGGAGAAUGUAUUACUUUCAACGAAUCGUUCCUGGUGCCACCUUCGAUACGAAACGGAAUUCUAAUACGAUGCAAAGCAGGUGUAUCUGAGUCGAGUAAGUCGAAAAAAGCGAUCUACACUAACGUGCAUGCACUGGUGCGUCCGCAACCGAAUGUCCGGGAGCGCAUAGAGAAGUUUAAUGGACGAGCCGAGAAGCGACCGCUCAGCGUACUCAUGAUUGGCAUUGACAGUAUAUCGAGACUGAAUCUUAUCCGUGCGAUGCCGCACACAGCGCAGCAUCUCUAUGAUACGGGUUGGUUCGAGCUGAAAGGAUACAAUAAGAUUGACGAUAACACUUACCCGAAUCUGAUGGCCAUUCUGACUGGGUAUAACAACUCACUCGCCUACUCCGUGUGCAAUCCGAAGAAGGUGGGCCAACUGGAGGAGUGUCCGUUCAUGUGGAAAUACUUCGCCGACAAUGGGUACGCGACGGCUUACGCCGAGGAUGAGGCUGGCAUUAACACCUUCAACUACCACAAGUAUGGCUUUGUGGUGCAACCAACCGAUCACUAUUUCCGCCCGGUAGCACUGGCGGCGGAGAAGAAUCUUUCCAAGAAGAUGAAAAACUCGCUCACCUUCUGUCUCGGGUAUCAAAACUAUGCCGAUUACAUCUACCAGUACGCGCUUGACUUUGCGUCACAGUACCGGAACGAUCCGUACUUCGGGCUGUUCUGGACGAACACGUUCAGCCACAACGACAUUAGCGAUCCGUCCUCUAUGGAUCAGCGCAUGAAGUACUACCUCGAGCAGCUCGAUGAGCGAGGAAUUCUGAACAACAGUAUGGUGGUGUUCUUCAGUGAUCAUGGACUACGUUUCGGACCGGUUCGUAUGUUGCUCACCGGUUGGUUGGAGGAGCGAUUGCCGUUUAACUUCAUCUGGCUGCCGGAUUGGUUCCGGGAAGAGCAUCCGGAAAUUGUGCAAGCCCUAAAGAUUAAUCGCAAUCGGUUGACCAAUCCGUACGAUCUGCAUGCCACCCUGAAGCAUGUGCUGGAGCUGUCGGGCCGGAUCGAUAAUCUUCCCGGGCCGCUUAGCUGUCCCAACUGUCAGAGCAUCUUCGUGGAGGCGCCGUGGAAUCGUUCGUGUGAAGAGACGGCUAUCGAGUCCCACUGGUGCACCUGUGCCAACUUUCAACCCAUCGACAAACGGUCACCGAUGGUACAGAAGGCGAUCGCAUUCGUGAUCGAUUACGUGAACCGUGACCUGGAGGACCACCGGAACAGUACGACGUCCAACUAUGCUUGCGCUAAGCUAACGCUUGGUUCGAUCACGCUCGCUAAAAUGGCACGCGAACCGAAGGGUAAGCUACCGUACAAGGAUUAUCUGCUCAUCUUCGAGGGUAAACCGGGUGGUGGGAAAUUCGAAUCCACGGUAAGACACUAUCAGGAGCGGAAUGCGUUCGAGAUAACCGGAUCGAUUAGCCGGUUGAAUGAGUAUGCUAGUCAAAGCGAAUGCAUGCAUAUAGACUACCUGCGGAAGUAUUGCUACUGCCAGCGUACUAAACUUUUCUAGAGCGAUUAGCGAUUAGAGGAUCGUGCCGCAUCGUGCAUGGAACGAUCAGGCGUACAUUUGUAGUUAAACGAUUAGUAAUUUUUAUCGCGGCCUAAACUAGCGAAUGCUUCCUAUUCUAGGAGCGUUCUCGUUUCAAAGCUUAUAAAGCUAUUCUCCUAUACCAUUUCAACGUUGAAUAUCGACCUUCCUUGGCUUUGAUUUCACUUCUCGAAUCAAUUCCUGUUGUUAAACCUAUUACAUCACAUCCAGCGCUACUACUUUCAAGAAGGUAGAAAGGAUUCGCAUAGUUUAAUGUAUCGAUUGAUCGAACCUACUAGCAUCAAAACCACUUACAAACGAAUCAAACGACGUUCCUUUCUGUUAGGGCAAACUUUUUUUUGCGUAGUUUCGCAUGCAUGAGCAAGUUGUUUGGUAGAAGCAAUCUGUGCCAAUGAGGGCAAAGGUGGAAUAGUAAGAACUUGUAGGACUAAGAAAUGUAGAAUCGUGAUCUGUAGAACAGUAGUGUGAAAUUGAAUGAGUGAAUAAUCAGAGUUGGCACAAGUAAAGCAAUGUGAACGAAUUGAAUUCGAAACGAAAUUGCUAAAUUGCAAUUGCUGCGCAUAUGCAGAGUGUAGUAAAAUGUAGUUGAAUCGCUCUAUCUUUUUGGAGGAGUAGUUUACAACAACAAAAAAAAGAAUCCUCCCAACAUAGAGCUCGAUUCAGAAUAGAUAUUUUGAAACCUAUUAUUGUUACGAUGAAAAGAUUGUGAAUAUUUUUGUUUACUCAUUAAGCAAUCAUGAACUAGGUUGCAUGAUACAAAUAUUAGCAUUAGUUAAGUUGAUUUAGCGUGGACCAACAUGCAUGCUAGUAGCGGAACGCUUGCAGCGUUGCAACGAAUGUCACUUGCAACGAACGAAAGCUGUAUUUGUGGAUGUAUAUAUACAUAUAUAUAU